AAUUAUUUCAUAUUCGUUACCAACACAAAAGAUACUAUGUAACUAAGUCAAAAAGAAAUGCCAAAACCCAUAUGUUUCAUGCCAAAACCACAUGCCAGGAUUGUAUAUUUUGCUGCUAAAUUGACUGCGAUUUUACAAUAUUUUUGUAUCUUAUAUUGAAACUACAGUACCAAAUCCAAAAUGAGUACUAUUUUAGAGAAAAUUGCUGCUAUCGAAGCUGAGAUGGCAAGAACCCAAAAAAAUAAAGCAACUGCUGGACAUUUAGGUUUACUUAAAGCUCGAUUGGCUAAAUUGAGACGAGAAUUAAUCACCCCCAAGGGCGGUGGUGGUGGAACUGGGGAAGGUUUCGAUGUAGCCAAAACCGGUGAUGCUAGAGUCGGUUUUGUUGGUUUUCCGUCUGUUGGGAAAUCAACGUUACUCAGUACUCUAGCUGGUGUUUACUCUGAAGUAGCCGCAUAUGAAUUCACAACCUUGACAACUGUCCCAGGCUGUAUAAAAUACAAGGGUGCAAAAAUUCAGCUACUUGAUUUACCUGGUAUUAUCGAAGGUGCUAAGGAUGGUAAGGGUAGAGGUCGACAAGUCAUAGCUGUAGCAAGGACAUGUAGUUUAAUAUUCCUUGUUUUGGAUGUAUUAAAACCCCUAGUACAUAAAAAGUUGAUUGAGCAUGAAUUGGAAGGUUUCGGAUUACGACUCAAUAAACAACCUCCCAAUAUCUACUUCAAGAAAAAAGAUAAAGGAGGAAUAAAUUUGAAUUGUAUGGUUCCACAAUCAGAAUUAGAUUCUGAUACUGUCAAAACCAUACUCUCUGAGUAUAAAAUACAUAAUGCUGAUGUGACCCUCAAAUACGAUGCAACUAGCGAUGAUCUUAUUGAUGUUAUUGAAGGAAAUAGGAUAUAUGUGCCCUGCAUUUAUCUUUUGAAUAAAAUUGAUCAAAUAAGUAUCGAGGAACUUGAUGUUAUUUAUAAAAUCCCACAUUGUGUCCCAAUCUCUGCACAUCAUAAAUGGAAUUUUGAUGACCUUUUGGAGAAAAUGUGGGAGUACUUGAAACUUGUACGCAUCUACACUAAACCAAAAGGACAGUUACCUGAUUAUAGUUCACCCAUUGUAUUGCACGCAGACUAUACAUCGGUGCAAGAUUUCUGUAAUAAACUCCACAGAUCAAUCGCUAAGGAAUUCAAAUACGCGCUUGUAUGGGGAUCAUCAGUAAAGCAUCAGCCACAAAAAGUUGGUUUAGAUCAUGUCUUAUGCGAUGAGGAUGUUGUACAGAUUGUGAAGAAAGUCUGAGAAGCUACAACGAUAUUUGAGGGAAUCUACAGAAGCCAACAUUUGUGACUGCAGAAGAUUAAUUUAAAAAUAAGUUUGAACCUCUUUAUAGUUGAGUGAUAUAAUUAUUGUUUUUAUCACUUUUUGAAUAUUAUGAAAUGUUUUAUCAAACUUGUGUUUUCUGCAUUUUGAAAAUGUAUAUCAAUAAUUACACAAUUUGUAAUUUA